AAAAUAAGUUGGGAAAAAAAGAAGAGAGAGAGAGAAAUUUGGAAAUCAGAUUCCUAUCUCACGCGUCUCUCUCCUCCCACCUCUCUCGAUAUCCCUCACUCCCUCGCCUCCCCAAGCCAGCUGUUGCACCUCCGUCCGGCGCAUCGCACGCUGGUGAGCCCUUUUCUAUUUCUUUUUUUCUCUCUCUAAGAUCUGCUUUCUGCAUAGCGUUGCCGCCGCCGCCGCCGCACUGUCAACAGCCGAGCGGCGCCGCUCUUCGCCGGAUUCUUGGAAUUUGUAGGUGAAAGGGGUAGUAAGGAAAUGUCUGAGGGCGACGAGGAGCUACCGAGGGAUGCAAAGAUUGUGAAAACACUUUUGAAAUCGAUGGGAGUCGAAGAUUAUGAACCACGAGUUAUACAUCAGUUUCUUGAGCUGUGGUAUCGUUAUGUCGUCGACGUACUAACGGAUGCACAAGUAUAUUCGGAGCAUGCAGGCAAGGCUGCCAUCGAUUGUGAUGAUGUGAAGCUUGCUAUCCAAUCCAAAGUUAAUUUCAGCUUCUCACAACCUCCUCCAAGAGAGGUUCUUCUAGAGUUGGCCAGAAGCAGGAAUAAGAUUCCAUUGCCAAGAUUGAUUGGCGGGCCUGGUAUCGCUCUUCCACCUGAUCAAGACACGUUGCUCAGUCCCAACUAUCAACUCGCAAUCCCAAAGAAGCAACCAGUCGAAACCAUGGAGGAAACAGAGGAGGAUGAAGGCGACCAUGCAGUUCCAUCCCAAGAACCUGGCUCAGAAGUACCUCAACAACAUACCCCACAGAGAGUAUCUUUCCCAUUGGCAAAACGUCCAAAAAUAACAUAGUUGUUUUUCCUUCUUUGUGUCGCUUUCCCCAACUUCUCUGAUGAAAAGGGGGAUUUGAAAUAGAUUCGUUGGAAGUUGUGGAAGUAUUGUUGGAUAUUAUCAAACUAUUGUAUCCCCUAAAAGAAUUCAGUGGCUCUAUUUCCUUCCACUAAUGUGUCAUUUGUAAAGGAAUUGGGAUGAAUAGAAUAUGGAUAUUUCUUCCCAA